AUGGAUGCAGCUACGAAGCCACCGGGUUUGCUUCAGGGAAAAUUCAUUUUUAAGAAGCUUCCCAAUGGAGACAUCGACAAGGCUAAGGUUGUUUGCACCUUAUGCAAUGCGGAAUUAGUUUACUGUAGAAGUUCUACCAGUCUCAAGUACCACCUAAACGCAAAGCAUCCCUUAGCUAAUGCUGCUGAUGCCGGGUCAAGCACUGAAACGCCGGGGAAGAGUCGCCGUCAAACUACUUUGUUUGAGUGCAACCGAGGCAAGCCCGUCAGCGCAGCUCUAUCAGACAAGCUAACUAAUCUUCUCGCUCAGUGGAUUGCCACCAGCUGCCGGCCCAUCAGCGUGGUUGAGGAUGAUGGGCUUGAGCUUGUUCUCCAGGCGGCCACAGGUGACCCAUCUUACAAACUACCUGCGAGGCGAACUAUCAUUAGGAGAAUACAUGACCAGUAUGCCGCAGAGAAAGCCGCAAAGGAUGAGAAGAUGCAGAGAGCGAGAGAGAAACAGAGAGAGAGAGAAACAGAGAAACAGAGAGAGAGAAACACAGAGAGCGAGAGAGAAACAGAGAGAGCGAGAGAGAAACAGAGAAACAGAGAGAGAGAAACACAGAGAGAGAGAGAAACAGAGAGAAGAGCGAGAGAGAGAGAGAGAAACACAGAGAGAGAGAGAGAGAAACAGAGAGAGCGAGAGAGAGAGAGAAACAGAGAGAGAGAAACACAGAGAGAGAGAGAAACAGAGAGAGACAGAAACACAGAGAGAAAGAGAAACAGAGAGCGAGAAACACAGAGAGAGAGAGAGAAACAGAGAGCGAGAGAGAAACAGAGCGAGAGAGAAACAGAGAGCGAGAAACACAGAGAGAGAGAGAGAAACAGAGAGCGAGAGAGAAACAGAGAAAGAGAGAGACAGAAACAGAGAGAGAGAAACAGAGAGAGAGAGAAACAGAGAGAAAAACAGAGAGAGAGAGAAACACAGAGAGAGAAACAGAGAGAGAGAAACAGAGAGAGAGACAGAAACAGAGAGAAACAGAGAGAGAAACAGAGAGAGAGAGAAACACAGAGAGAGAGAGAAACAGAGAGAGAGAAACACAGAGAGAGAGAGAAACAGAGAGAGACAGAAACACAGAGAGAAAGAGAAACAGAGAGCGAGAAACACAGAGAGAGAGAGAAACACAGAGAGAGAGAG